CGACCCAGCCGUCAUUAAAGGGCUCGGCGGGCGAUAGUGCCGAGCAGCAUUCCCAGCUGGAGCUAUGGCGACCUGCGUGCAACUAAACACCGGGGCCAAGAUGCCCCUCAUGGGGCUGGGCACAUGGAAGUCUGCAGCUGGGCAAGUCAAAGCUGCAGUGAUGGCUGCCAUCGAUGCCGGGUACCGCCACUUUGACUGUGCCUAUGUGUACCAAAAUGAGAGUGAAAUUGGGGAAGGGAUCCAGCAGAAAAUCAAGGAAGGUGUUGUGAAACGAGAAGAUCUCUUCGUCGUCAGUAAGCUGUGGUCCACAUUUCACGAGAAGCCUCUGGUGAAGGGAGCCUGCCAGAAGACUCUUGCUGACCUGAAACUGGAUUACCUGGAUCUCUACCUCAUCCACUGGCCUUUUGGGUUCAAGGCAGGAGAGGAGCUGUUGCCAAAAGAUGACAAAGGCAUGGCUAUACCUAGCAACAGUGAUAUUCUACAGACGUGGGAGGCCAUGGAAGAGCUGGUGGACUGUGGUCUGGUAAAAGCCAUUGGAGUCUCCAACUUUAACCAUGAGCAGAUUGAAAGAAUCCUGAACAAGCCGGGACUGAGGCACAAGCCUGCAAAUAACCAGAUUGAAUGUCAUCCAUACCUCACCCAGGAGAAGCUGAUCAAGUACUGCCAAUCCAAAGGGAUUGCUGUGACCGCAUACUGUCCCCUUGGCCGUCCUGACAGACCAUGGGCUAAGCCAGGGGAUCCUUCCCUCCUGGAUGACCCCAAGAUCAAAGAGAUUGCAGCCAAACACAACAAAACCCCAGCACAGGUUCUCCUUCGCUUCCAGAUCCAGAGAAAUGUGAUUGUGAUUCCCAAGUCUGUCACACCACAGCGCAUCUUGGAGAACUUCCAGGUGUUUGACUUUGAAUUGACUAAAGAGGAGAUGGCAACUAUUCUGAGCUUUAACAGAAACUGGAGGAUCUGUGAAAUGGAUAUGUCCAAAAAUCUCAAGGAAUACCCUUUCCAUGCCGAAUACUGAAGAUGGCCUUCACUAGACCUCUGGUGUCUCACGUGCCUCUGCUCUAACUUUGAGCUAUGUAUCUGGUUUUCUUAUUGCAUCUGCCCCAGUACUGCCAGUGAAGACACAGAAUGUUUAUCCCAUGAAAUUUGGUUUUUUUGCAAGAAGAAAAGGGUAUUUUCUACAGCAAAAAAUGUGGGAUGUAAUAAUCUUCUGCCUAUUAGAAGACAGUAUUUCUACUGAAGAGCCAAAGCAGAGGUGGAAGAGCUUGUACCACCAUUCAGUAAUUGCCUUCAGUCUUGCAUCAGCAGAAACCAGAUGCUGACAAACCACAAAAAAAAACCAAACAUGGAUUCACAAUUUCAUCAGAGGUGUCCCAUAUUUUAAAUAAGUUUAACUGUAAAAAGCAAAAACGUUAAUUGGCUGAAAAUCUUCUGUCCAGUGAAGGAAGAAACCAAAACCCUCCCAACCCAGAGAUACACAGAGAGGUGGGCUGCAGUCACCUGCACUGUGGGGACACGGAUUUGCCCUGGGACAGCCACUCAGCACUCUCCCCUGCCAUUCCUCAGCAAUCCACAGGCUGGCCACAGGCCCUGAGCCACAGGCACAGCCCCAUUUCAGCUGCCACACAACCCAGGUGUCUGUUGGCAGGGGAGGCUCAGCCCUUUGGUGCUGAGCCAAACCACUGACACCUUAGGAUCUUCUCCCCAAAAUUUCCACUUUCAAUUCAAAAAGAUACUAUCCAAGACCAUGUGUUUCCCAGCUUUCCAAAGGAAACAGCUCAUAAAGCCCUCAGCAACCUCCUGCAAAAAAAUACACCAAGUUAGUGAAUCCAGUAAGGGUACAAUAUUUAAUAUGGCAUGGGAGCUAAAGAUGUAGGGAAUUUCUACCACCUUUCACAACCACCCUCUUUGCCUUGGAAAGCUCCUGAUCAAACACUUGCUCUAACUUUGGAGCCAUCAUUGUGGGCACAAUCACACAAAUUCAUCCAUAUCCUCCUUGGCUAAGGGCACCACUUACUGCCUCAUCCUACCCACACUGAAGGGCUACCCUGCUCCCACUUGUAGGGUCUCUUCUCAUCCCAGGGCACAUACAACCAACUGAAAGGAAGGAGACAUCAUCAGGGUUUAGCCACAUCAACUUGCUGUAUCAGGCCUAGGUGCAAAGGAUGCACAGGCAAGGGCUGCCUGCUUAGGGUAUGUGCUCAUCGUUUCAUUUCUGGAGUUAAAUCACUUUAAUUACACAGUUUUGUCAGCUCAUCAGGUUAAUAGACAAAUAGGCAAAUAUAAGAAUUAUCAAAUAUUAAAGUCUUCAAAAAAAACUACUGAGAAGACACAGAGGGUGAUGGGACCUCAGAGGAUGCUCCUGACUUGAUCUGAACUCAGUGCAAAAAAGAGGCCAAGGUCUUAGAAUCAGAUUAAACCACUAUCCUCCCGCCUUAUUCCUGCCUUAACAAGCAUCUGGAAGUUGAGUCAAUGCACACCAUUUAGCAACAUAAACAUCCUGUUCCAAUACAUACUCCUUUCCCAAAGUCCCUACUGUCAUCUGACAACCCCAGCCACACCUUCAGGACAGAAAAUCCACUGGCAGCUCCCAUAUAUUGGCAUGAUUUGGGCAAGGUCUCACAGCAACAGGCAAAACUAAGCAAAAUGCCAAAAAUCCUCUCAUAAAUGAGCAAGGCAUCUCUCGGGAUGUGUCUUGGGAAAACCAAGCACCAACCCUCAAAGGAGAACGUGAGUUCACAGAAGCAGCAGCAUCAGAAAUCUCAGAAGAAAGUGGAAGGACAAAUUGCACUUCUCAGCCCUGCUCUCCACCAAAUCUCUCUGUCAUCACACACUCUACCCAGCUCCUUGCCACAGGAAUGCAAGGCUUUUGAACCUGUCUCCAGAAAGAUGCGCUCAGAAGAAUUAGAACAAAUACUCCAGGGUUUCUGCUCUCCCUCAGAGGAGAUCCCAUCCUGCUGGCCAAACAGCCAGGCUUUGCAAGCUUUCACAGGCUCACAGAGCACAGCUCUCUGAGGGCAACAGUUCACCUUGGUGCUGCUCCAGUACAAAAUCUGAUGGAUUCUGCAAGUUCCUACAUCGAGUCUUGAGAGCCACUCAUCAUUGUUGGUUUCUGAAUGUGACACUACUAACACUAAUAAAUUACCAGCACAGCACCACAGACUCGAGUGCCUUGGGAAUACGAAGGAGAGCAGGAACAAACUGGCACUUCAGCUGCUCUCUGGGCUCUCUUGAGAAAACACAUGGCACACAAGGCAAAAUGUGUCAUUUUGCAUUUUUCAAUCACUUCUCUGAACAAUGAACCAGACCAAGAAACUGAGUGGACUCAGGGCAGAUCUAUGGAGAAGGAAUCCCAAAUAAGGAUAAAAGAUAAGCCCAAAUUGUAUAACUUUUACGUGAUUAAACUGAAAUACCACAUCCUGCUGAGGAAGUUGAUAGGCCUGUCAGAAAAUCAGAGGAAGAUUAAAGAGAAAAACUAAUUAUCUUGUCUGUCUUGAGUUAAAUGAAGCAAAAAGACCUGGGGCACCAACUGUGGGAGAGGCACUCAGAGAAAAGUGCACCAUUGCACAUACUUUGAAUUUAUGCUUGUACAUUAAUCAAUUCUCCAAGUACAAGCAAAUAGCAAAGGCUUCCAAGCAGCCCUAAGAUACCAUUAUGGAGCACUUGAAGGAUCAUGUUGAUAAAUAUUUUUUUUUCAUUGCACUGUGAGCACCUCAUUAAUACAGGGUAUUUUGCCUCUCCACAAUUUCAAAGUCGAUUUCUAACGUGAAAUUAAAGUUCACUUACCAUUUAUUUCU